AUGCUGCAAGAAUCCAAGUCUGUGACCGUGGGUGUGCGGAUUCGUCCAAGAUUGGAUGGCGUCGUAAAUGCUUUACAGUCAGCGGAGCGCUAUGAACAGAUGGCGUGUUCGCAGUUAUCUGAGAAAACAUUACGUCUUUGGGAUGGACGGGCAACGAGAGAUAGCAGAACGUUCUUUUUUGGAUACGACAGUGUAUUCGACGAGAAUACCACACAAGAAGAAAUUUAUGAAGAACUCGUUACUUCUGCUGUAGACCUUGUCUUGUCUGGUACAAAUGUUACUGUCCUUACCUAUGGUCAAACAGGUAGUGGAAAAACAUACACCGUACUUGGAGGUAUACGUAAGAGUCCAAUGAGUGAUGAUAUUAUUACAGAUGAAACAGGUAUUCUUCUGCGUAGUCUGCAAGAUAUUCUUCACUUUGCAGAAAUUAACAAGAAUAACCGACAUAUCAUUAUUGGAAUAUCUGCUGUAGAGAUUUAUCUUGAUGAGGUGCGUGAUUUAUUAUCUGAUGAACAAGCACCUACUGUUAUUCAAAUGGCAGUUAUGAAAGAUAUUGUACGAUUUCCAAAAUUAACAUGUCUUCCUAUCCUUAGUCUUCAUGAUGGACUGAAGGUUUUUCAAAAGGCAACAUCAAAACGAGCACAACGUAUGACCUCUGCGAAUGAUACUUCAUCGCGUUCUCAUGCAGUUUUUAAUAUUGAAGUAUUUCAACAGCCUAUCACACCGAUAAGUCGACGACCGAUGAGAUUUCUUGAUGUUUUAUCCUUACGAGAUUUAGAGCAACUUAAUCAGUUAGAAGGAAAAACACCAAAAUUGAGGUCACAUGAUCUUUUUAGAAGUGCUUCUAAUAGUCUUUUUGGACCACCUGAAGCUCCAAUUAUGUACAGCAAGCUUGUACUUGCAGACUUGGCUGGUAGUGAAAAGGCUCGCAACUCUAGUGUCAAGGGUGAAGGUUUUGAUGAGCUUAAAAAGAUUAACGCAUCUCUUACUUCCCUCGGUAAUGUUGUACACUGUCUUCAUGAGGGAUCUAGACAUAUUCCAUAUCGUGACUCAAAACUAACAACUGUACUUCGUGACUCAUUUGCUGCACCAAAUGCUCGUGUUGUUCUUAUUGUAAAUGUGAGUCCUACAGUUCUUACAGUUGAUGAAACACUUUCUACUCUUUAUUUUGCAGACAAAGUUAAAAUGGUGAAAACAGGUCCAAGUAGUGGAAGUGGUUCUUUUGGAUCUAAUGAAAUGGUAUAUGAGUAUUUAUCUUCUUUAAGAAAGCAUGAUGAGUUAACUUCAGAUCUACGUAUUGCUAGUGUGCUACAUAGAUUUAAAGCUCCUCAAGUUAUUCCCGUCGUUGCUGGUGACCCAAAGAACGUGUUAUAUGACUUUAUAUUUAGAAUAAGAAGACCUAAAUCUGAUAUUCAACAAAUGGCAAUUUCAACAUUAUGUGAUGCCUUUAAAACUUCUCUGGAUGGAGGUCGAAAUUGGAUAUUAGAACAAGAACAAGAGAAUCAAAUGGUAAGGCGUACAGUUAGAGAUGAAACAGUUAUGGGAUGGAAAAAAAGGAGAAGUGAAUUACAUGAUCUUAUCAAUGGUAUUACAGGUUCAAUAAAUUCUAAUGGUAUUACGGAUGAGGAAAUAUGGAAUAAACGUCUUGAAGAGGCAGCUUCUGACCUUGGAGAGGCUCGUGCUAGACGUCGUAGUAUUCAAGUAGAGUAUAAUACCGCUGUGAAUGGUUUAAAACAGGUCGAAAAUAAACUUUCAUCCGUAAGAGAAGAAUUGAAGCAAAUAAUGCAAUCAAAUGAGAAUGGUACUAGAGUAGAUAAAAAUGAAGAUGAUACUGUACUCCUAUGGAGACAGGAACAACGUGAAGAGGCUUGCUGGGAGCGAUUUUCAACUCAAGCAAUUCAAGCUGUAGAAUCGGCAAAAUUGCGUUUUGAAUUGUCUAAAUUGAUUUGUGAAACCCAUCGACUUGCUGUGGAAAUGAAGAAAGAGAAACGGCUGGUUACGAACAAACAAUCACAAGCUGUAUAUGAAUGGUUGCGACACGUUGUAUGGGGUAUGGCAGGUAAUGCAGUGGUGAUUUCCAACAGGAAGGAAAAACGACGACAACGCAAGAUUUCAGCAGCUGAUGCUGAUGAAGUACUAGUGGAUGGCUACAUUGCCCCACAUCCACGACAGUACUGGCAGCAAAAACCUUCUGAAGAAAAUCGCCAACGUAAAAAACGCAAGAGGUCUACACGUUAUGAUGAUGAUACACUCCGAGAGGAGGUGAUUUCCUUUGUGAAGAUGGGUGGUGAGGUUUUAAAAUACUCCCGUGAUGGUACAACCCAUCGACGAUUGCUCUAUAUUGAGAAUAAGGAUGGUGAAGAUCGUCUCUGUUGGUCCACCCUGGGCUCCUUGAGCCGAGAUGGUUACAUUCCACUGCGCUCCAUUACACAUCUGCAAAUUGGACGGGCAACCGGUGAUAUUAAGAAUGCCAGUGAUAUUGCUGUUGCGCAGUUCUAUCUCAGUUGGGGUGUUGUUUAUAAACGUCGUGGGUCCUCCACUACGGUGGAAUUCGCCUGUGAUACCGUUACCGAGAUGGAGGCGUGGGUGAUUGGCCUCUCGUAUCUCACCAAUCUCGUCCCUGCCUUCGCCGUUCUUAUGGGCAAACACACCCCCAACACGAGUAAAACCAAUAAAACCGAUACUGGCAGUACUGGCAGCAGCGACAACACAGAUGAGAAUGGCUGGGGGGCCCUCAGUUCAACAGAGGCCGCCUUCUGUCAUGAGUGGCACGUCCCUCCGCUCGUUUACGCAGAGACCCGUCGGCAGCUUAUGAAACGACGCACUGGCAAACGUCUCGCCGGCCUCCGUCUCUCGCCAGGGGAAUUGCGCAGUCUUGUGAAACUCGAUAUUUUUCGGGCCUCAGCCAUGUGGUUGCGAUUCCAAGCGGAGGGUCUCGUUACUAAACCGAAAGGUAAACUCUACUGCUACGUCCAGGCACCAGCCAUACAGGACACCGCAUCCAUGGGAGCAAACCCCACAACAGGGGAUGACUCGGAUGAGGAGGUCGCGUAG